AUGGCCGGUCGGUUUUGGGAAGUCAUCAGUCGGUCCUCGCACCAUCAGCCUACCAGUUUUACGCCUAAACAGUUGAAAAUGAAGGGAUUCGUAGUGUUUGCGAUGGCGCUUGCCCUGGCGGCCAGCAGUCCGGUGGAGAAGAGCGAGAAGGAAGCGUCGGCGGCGGCGGCACCAGCGGCCCCCGAGAGUGAGAAGAAGCAGGAGAAGCGUGGCCUGUUCGAUCUCGGCUACGGCUACGAGUCGCACGGUUGGGAUGCACCCAAGCUCUCGCACGGCUGGGACUCGCCGAAGCUGUCGCACGGCUGGGAGGAACCGCACCACACCGUUCACGUGAAGAAGGUGCACGUGCCGUACCCGGUUGAGGUGGAGAAGCAUGUGGCCGUCCCGGUGAAGGUGCCGUACCCGGUCACCGUCGAGAAGCACGUCCCGGUCGUGGUGGAGAAGAAGGUCCCGGUCUACGUCGAGAAGCAUGUCCCGGUGCACGUCGACCGUCCGGUGCCGUACCCGGUGAAGGUCCCGGUUAAGGUGGUCCACAAGGAGUACGUCGAGGUGCCGAAGCCGUACCCGGUGCACGUCGAGAAGCACGUCCCGGUGAUCGUGAAGAAGCCGGUCUACGUCGAGAAGCACGUCCCGGUUGUGGUGAAGUCGCACGGCUGGGAGCCUCAUUCCCACUCGUACUCCGAGUUCCACUCGUGGUAA